AUGGUGCCAGGUGCCAUCCUGGCACGAGGGAAGGACGUGUGCAAGAGAAAUGGACUACUCAUCCUGUCUGUGCUGUCCGUCACCGUGGGCUGCCUUCUCGGCUUCUUCCUGAGGACCCGUCGCCUCUCACCACAGGAAAUUAGUUACUUCCAGUUUCCUGGGGAGCUCCUGAUGCGGAUGCUGAAGAUGCUGAUCCUACCACUGGUGGUCUCCAGCUUGAUGUCCGGCCUCGCAUCCCUGGAUCCCAAGACCUCCAGCCGCCUGGGCGUCCUCACCAUAGCGUACUACCUGUGGACCACCUUCGUGGCUGUCAUUGUGGGCAUCAUCAUGGUCUCCAUCAUUCACCCGGGCGGCGCGGCCCAGAAGGAGAUGACAGAGCAGAGCGGGAAGGCCAUCAUGAGCUCUGCCGAUGCCCUGCUGGACCUCAUCCGGAACAUGUUCCCAGCCAACCUGGUGGAAGCCACAUUCAAACAGUACCGCACCAAGACCACCCCCGUUGUCAAAUCCCCCAAGAUGGCAUCCGAAGAGGCCCCUUCUCGGCAGAUCCUCAUCUACGGGAUCCAGGAAGAGAAUGGCUCUCGUGUUCAAAACUUCGCCCUGGACCUGACCCCACCACCUGAGGUUGUUUACAAGUCAGAGCCUGAUACCAUCGAUGGCAUGAAUGUGCUGGGCAUCGUCAUCUUCUCUGCCACCAUGGGCAUCAUGCUGGGCCGUAUGGGUGACAACGGAACCCCUCUAGUCAGCUUUUGCCAGUGCCUCAAUGAGUCUGUCAUGAAGAUUGUGGCGGUGGCUGUGUGGUACUUCCCCUUCGGCAUUGUGUUCCUCAUCGCCGGCAAGAUCCUGGAGAUGGACGACCCCACGGCCGUCAGAAAGAAGCUGGGCUUCUAUGCCAUCACCGUGGUGUGUGGGCUGGUGGUCCACGGCCUCUUCAUCCUGCCCCUGCUUUACUUCUUCAUUACCAGGAAGAACCCCAUUGUGUUCAUCCGCGGCGUCCUCCAGGCCCUUCUUAUUGCACUGGCCACCUCCUCCAGCUCAGCCACACUGCCCAUCACCUUCAAGUGCCUGCUGGAAAACAACCACAUUGACCGGCGCAUUGCCCGCUUUGUGCUGCCUGUGGGCGCCACCAUCAACAUGGACGGCACCGCACUCUACGAGGCCGUGGCUGCCAUCUUCAUUGCCCAGGUCAACAACUAUGAGCUGGAUUUCGGCCAGAUCAUCACCAUCAGCAUCACGGCCACCGCGGCCAGCAUCGGGGCAGCUGGCAUCCCCCAGGCUGGGCUCGUCACCAUGGUCAUCGUGCUUACCUCUGUGGGACUGCCCACUGACGACAUCACCCUCAUCAUCGCUGUCGACUGGGCUCUGGACCGCUUCCGCACCAUGAUUAACGUGCUGGGGGAUGCGCUGGCCGCGGGCAUCAUGGCCCACAUCUGCCGGAAGGACUUCGCUCAGGACAUAGGCACUGAGAAACUGCCGCCCUGUGAGACCAAGCCUGUGAGCCUCCAGGAGAUCGUGGCAACCCAGCAGAAUGGCUGUGUGAAGAGCGUGGCUGAGGCCUCAGAGCUGACCCUGGGCCCCACCUGUCCCCACCACGUCCCCAUCCAGGUGGAACAGGACGAGGAGUCAGCUACCACCUGUCUGGACCACUGCACCAUUGAGAUUAGUGAGCUUGAGACCAACGUCUGAGCCUGCAGGGCUGUGGGGGUCCGGGGAGGCCUCCAGGCUUGGGACCAAGGGCAGGAUUUCAA